UGAUCUGCGCGCUGACGUCACGUGACAGCCGGUCGUAGUUCAGCGCUCUGCUUUCUGUCUUCAACCUUCAUCCGCCACGGUACAAGCUACACAUGUUCCUCUGCAGCCUGAGGUUGUGAGGAGGUUUGUUUCACAACAAGGUUUGUCUCAAGAGGGUUUUCAGGAGGAAGAAGCGAUAAGGCGAGGGCCAUUGUUAGAGUGUGACCAACGUGAGGAUUCACGGGGGAGACAUUAGCUUAGCAAACACCGGGUGUCAGCGCUGCUGCUGACCCGAACAUGAGGCAGCCGUCUGCCGGACUGUAACCAGACGUCAGACACCUCUGUUAAGGAUACGCUUGCACAACUGCGGCAGGGAUGAACAGCGAAAAUGUCACCCUCUGCGAGAAAACCGUCUCGUCCUCCUAUAUCCGCCAGGGCUCUCAGGCUCGCCGUGGCCACGAACAGCUCAUCAGACAUUUACUGGACCAGGGUAAGUGUCCGGAGGAGGGAUGGAGCGAAAGCACCGUAGAGCUCUUCCUUAACGAGCUGGCCGUGAUGGACAGCAACAACUUCCUGGGCAACUGCGGUGUCGGAGAGAGGGAGGGCCGCGUGGCGUCCAGCCUGGUGGCCAGGAGACAUUACAGGCUGAUCCAUGGCAUCGGUCGGUCGGGUGACAUCGCUGCCGUUCAGCCCAAAGCUGCGGGAUCCAGUCUGCUCAACAAGCUCACAAACUCUGUUGUUCUGGACAUCUUGAAGAUUUCAGGUGUUCGCAGUGUGGCAAGCUGCUUUGUUGUUCCCAUGGCAACAGGAAUGAGCCUGACUCUGUGCUUCCUGACCCUCCGUCACCGCAGACCCAAGGCCCGCUACAUCAUCUGGCCUCGCAUCGACCAGAAGUCAUGUUUCAAAUCCAUGAUCACAGCAGGAUUUGAACCCGUAGUUGUGGAGAACGUCGUGGAGGGAGAUGAGCUGCGAACGGACCUAGAAGCGGUUCAACGCAAGAUCGAUGACCUUGGAGCAGAAAACAUCCUGUGCGUUCAUUCGACAACGUCUUGCUUCGCUCCACGGGUCCCCGACAGGCUUGAAGAACUGGCCACUAUGUGUGCCAAACAUGACAUCCCUCACAUCGUUAACAAUGCAUAUGGAGUGCAGUCGUCCAAAUGCAUGCAUCUUAUACAGCAGGGGGCUCGCGUGGGAAGAAUCGAUGCCUUUGUUCAGAGCUUGGACAAGAACUUCAUGGUUCCAGUAGGUGGAGCCAUAAUCGCAGGUUUUGAUGAGUCUUUUGUGCAGGAGAUAAGCAAGAUGUACCCAGGUAGAGCGUCGGCUUCACCUUCCCUCGAUGUCCUCAUUACCCUUCUCACUCUGGGAUCCAACGGCUACAAGAGGUACCUAUCGGAGAGAAAGGAGAUUUAUUCCUUCCUGGCUGAGGAGCUGAAGAGUCUUGCUUCUGCACACGGAGAGAGAUUGCUUCACACCCCACAUAAUCCCAUAUCUCUGGCCAUGUCUCUAGAUGGUCUCCAGGCCUCCAGCAACCAGGCGGUGACUCAGCUCGGCUCCAUGCUGUUCACCCGACAGGUGUCGGGAGCGAGGUAUGAAAACUGGGUGAUACCGCUGGGUAAGGAGCAGACGAUAAGCGGUCACACCUUUCGUGGAUUCAUGUCGCACUCCGAGUCGUACCCUUGCCCAUACCUCAACGCCGCCUCGGCCGUGGGCAUCACCCGAGGCGACGUGACGCUGUGCAUGAAGAGGCUCGACAAAUGUCUGAAAGCUCUAAAGAAACAUGGGAAAACGGCGGGCAGCUGCUCCACAGAACCUCAGGCCGAUCAGGAGGCGCCUGAUGAAGAAUGACUGAGCAGAGGAAGCUUAAACUCCCUACCUCUUAUCUAGUGUGAUGCUUUAAGAGACUGGCACAUUCUUGAAUGUUUGCCUAAAAAAUCAGAAAAUUGAUCAUUUCUACAGAUUUUAUUUAUAAUUAAAGCUGUUUGCACUGUGACGUCUGAGUCGCUCCCUGUCUCGGAUUUAAAAAAAAAAAAAAAGAUUUGCGAUGUGUUGUGUUGUGCGGUGUCUUCUGCAGCGAGCUGUAACGUGAUCUGAAUGCUGCUGUGCUGUUAACUCCAUCUGAAGCCUGUUCAGUGGAUUAGCUCGCUCUAUUUUUAGCCUCGGUUAGAGAUAAUCAAUGAUAGGGGCCCAAUCAUAGAUCAGCCCUGUGUUUACAGAGGGAAACCUUCACUUCACAUCUAAAGAGAUCAAGACGUCUUCAGGACCUCAGAGAGUUUUCCUCUCCGAUUUAAUUUCUGCGCCGUGUUUUCCGCAUCUCGGUCUCAUCUUCUUCAGCUUACAAAGGCCAAUCGCAGGAGAUCUUUGCUUUAAAGCAAGAAUAAGACAUUAAAACCAGCCUCGACUUCAUGUGUAAUUUCAGCUCCCAGAUGUUUUCCCACCUGCGCGCUCGGAAAUACGUGUGCAAGCAGAGGCAGCUGCAGAACAACCCCCACCCAGCAGCCUGUGAAAGUGGGCUGGACUCGGGACGGUUAUGCUGUCGUAUCAGCACAUUUCCACACUUCUCAGCUGUACUGAAACAUGAACAAAAUAUAGUGGAAAAACACUGCACAGUGACAGCAGGCUGGUACAAUGCAGCAGCCUGAAGAGGAGCUGGAGGGGUUGGAAAAGUUGAGGGGGUGGGGGGCCUAUUUUAAUGUGCUCAGUGGUGCUGCUCUACAGCAUGAAGGAAGAAAAAAAAAGUGCUUUACUUCUGUUGCUGAUAUUGUAGCACUGCAGCAGUGCUUGAUGGAGCAUGAAAGUAAUCAAUUUGAGAUAUACUACAAAUAUGGCGCUUCUUUGAUUCCCUGAAAAAGGUGAAGCAUGGGGAAAGAGCUACUCCUGUGGCUACACCUUACAAUCAGAGCUCCAACCUUCCUCUGGAUGUUGCAACAUGACAAAUUGCUCCUCUGUUUACUUUUAGAACCUGCCAGGAGUUCGCUGAUGAUUUGCUGCACCGUGCACAGAGGUUUAUAAAGAAAAAAAAUAGCAAUUG